AUGUAUUACCACUACAGCUACCAUGACACCUUCAUUCCUUUGGAUAUUUGUGUUUCUCAGCACCUGAUGUUGACUACCAGCAUUUUCUGGCUGGUUAGAAAAAUGGCCACUGUUUAUGCUCUUAGAAAUGUGUACACGGGAAGACAAGAGAAGAGUAUCACCUACAACGCCUUUGGCCUUUCAGCAAUUCUGAACAUCAUUGCCAGUAGCUUUGUCUUCCUUGCUAUCUUGUGCAAUUAUUUCUCCAUCAUAAACAAGGAGGGGAUUACUUUUCCACCAUCUUUCCAUAUGCCCCUUUACCCACAUAUUCAGCAGGUUGGCAUUGCCAUGGUAGUGGCAUUUCUAGCAGCCAUGCUAUUCUUGUGUAGUGGUGUGAUUUUCAUCUCUUACACGUUUCCCUUAAACAUACAAGUCCUUCCUAAUAUUUGA